UUAUCGAUAGCUCUUUAAAAUACUUUGUUGUCAUAGUGACAUCGAUACUGCUGAUUACCUGCGAUUAGUAGCAGUUGAGUGAGUAUCGCUCAACACUAAAACAAACGGAAUUUGCAGUGGAAAUCAUCCUCAAAUGGUGACAAACAAUAAAGACCAUUUAAACAAUUUAGAGGAUAGGCAUUUACAUAAGGAUAACGACAAGCUGCGCUAACAGGGGCCAUUUACAAAAACACGUGUAUGCUAAUCACAGUUUAAAGCGUUGGACGACUUUCACUUUUUUUUGCAAAAAAAAACACAAAAAGAAAGAAUUAAAGCAACAACAAUUAGCAAAACGAGACAUCGAUAAGAGAGCAAGACAGACAAGACCUACUCGCCCACAAAGUAAAAUGAAAAGCCGAGCCAAGGCAUAGUUGAAACUACUCAAAACGGAACAAAAAGACAACAGCUUCAGCUUAACUGUAGCAUAGCAUUUUGCAUCUAAACAAUUUGAAGAUACAGAUGAAAGCAAUGCAGCUGCAGCGAUAACAACAAUAACAAAACAACCAACCGCUGUGUGAGUGUUUUGUACGUAAACGUGUGUUUGUGUUAAUGUGUGUGCGUGUGUGUUGGUUGUGUUGAGUGGCCGCACAGAGGGAAAAUAGAAAUUAACCAAAAUCCAUAAGCGACUGUCUCUUGUCUAUCUGUAUAUGUUUAUAUGUAUAUGUGUGUGUGUACGUGGAUCAUAAAUUUGGGUCAAUAAUUGCGCUGCAAUUGCGCGGUAAUAAAACAAAAGAACAUGGAUAGCAAUCUCAGCAGAACGCAGGCAACACAACAUCAAAAUUCGCGCAACUCCAACUCACCGCUGAACGUUAACCUAGGUGGUCCCAAUGCAGCCAGCUCCGAUGUGCUUGGCAACGAAUCAAGCGCCACUGCAAUGACAAGCGACAGUAGCAGCGGGGCUAAUACGAGCAGCAGCAGCGCCAGCAGCAGUAGCAGCAAUAAACGCCGCAACAAUAACAACAACAACAGUAGCAGCAAUAAUGGACACCAACGUAGUCACAGCAUAACCAAUGCAGCAGCCACAUCAAUAGCCAAUCUAUUCGAUGGCUUCACAUCACGCGUCUCCACAGCGGUCAGCGUUGCCGGAGGUAGCAGCAUGGAACGUAGCCACAGUGCGGCCAGCACGCCCAAUUCAACGCACUCUGGCCUGGGUGUAGGCAGCAUGGGCUCAUUGGGAAACACAGCCAAUGCAUUCUAUUCAUCCAUUGGCAGUGCGCUUAAUUCUAUAACAUCACCUAUUACAGCGGCAGCGGCGGCGGCCACUGCAACCACCAGCGAGGUAGCAGCUGCAGCCGCUGCCGCUGCAUUGGCGAUAACUAAUCACUUGAGCUCACCCACCAGCGGCACACCGCCGCACGGACUGGGCCUCAACGAUGAUGACUGUGAUGAUGUGGACGAUGACGAUGAUGAUGCAUUGGAACAUGAUGGACGCCACGCAGCGCCCACGCCCGCCAAAUCAUGGUCCGAGAACAAAGCUUUUGUGCAGGAAAUACGCAAGAUUUUGGCCAAUCAGUAUACGCUGGUACCCACAAAUGUGCAAUUUCGUCAGCUCUCCGAUGGGCGAGUACGCUGUUAUUUUCUGGGCACACCGCCACAAACCUGGGAGACUAUAUUGCUCUUUGCCGACAUACAACUAUCGCAACAGGACGAGCAACAGCAGCUGCAGUAUCAGCAGCUUGCCGGCGGCGGCGGCAACGAUGCGGACAGUACACACAUAGGCAGUCCCAGCAGCAAUGCCGGCUCACCCAACAUGAGCAACCAGAGCACGUUCCAGUUUGGCAUGCGACCGCCCAAAUUGGCAUGGCAACCACUUCUGCAGCAGCCCAUACCCACAAGUUUUAUGAGCAAUCCUACCAAUUGCCCAUAUGUGCGUGAAUAUCAGUUGAUACAGGAGAGAAAGCGACUCUCCACCUGGGGUAUUACAUCCUACGAAUUACACAAGCCCAGCGGUAAACUAGUCUUCUCAUGCCUCAAUGAUUUACAUCACUGUCAGGAUACAGGCUAUAAUUCUGGUUUGCUGUUUCCAACGCAGCUGCGCACACGCCCUGAAUGGAGCGCUCUAGAUCCACAGAUAUGUCCACAGUGCUCGGAUUUAAUAGCCUACAUUAGUGAUGGUGAUGUAUGGGUAAAGCAUUCGGUUAGUGGCCAUGAAAAGCGAUUGACUUUUACGCGCAGUGGACGUCGCCCGUAUGUAGAUGAUGCUUUAAGCGCUGGUGUGCCCUCCUAUGUAAUGCAGGAGGAGUUUAGUCGCUAUCAAGGCUAUUGGUGGCAGCCGCACUCAAAUGACGGCAUCUAUCGCAUUGUCUACGAGGAGGUAGACGAAACAGACGUUUCAUUAUACACAGUGCCCUCGUCGACGGCCGUGCCUGGCGAGGUAGAUGAGUAUCGCUUUCCACGCAGCGGCACAGACAAUGCCAAGAGUAAGCUUAAGCUUAUACAAUUUGUGUUGAGUGAGGCCCUGCAGAUAACAGAAAUCAGCAUUAAGGACUUACCCUAUUCACUGCAAGCUGUGUUUCCCUGGCUGGAAUAUAUUGUGCGCGUAGGCUGGACCCCAGAUGCCAAUUACGUAUGGCUGGCAGGCUUAGAUCGCAAGCAGCAACGUUUGGAUGUCAUGUUGAUACCGUUAGACAAUUUUUGUGAAUCCUACAGCAGUGAGGUGUCCUCACCCACAGAUUCGAUCGGCGAUCACAGCUGGCGAAGUCCCUAUAAUCGCACUAUAACACCACUGCAGGUUAUCUUUACGGAGCAAACCAAAAGCUGGAUAAAUGUGCAUGAUAUGCUUUACUUUUUGGAACUCAAUGAUUUGAGUGUUACCUUUCUCUGGGCCUCUGAGGAAACAGGCUUUAGGCACUUGUAUUUGGUUACGUCCAGUUUUAUGUUAACCUCAGCGAAUGGCUGUCCAACGAGUCCAACUGCAGCCGCUGCAGUGGAGCAGCAGCAGCCCAGCUUUGUUGAACCAACGGCACUGCAACCAAGAAUUAUCAACAAGGUGGCAUUAACCAGCGGCGAAUGGGAGGUGCUGGCGCGUAAUUUAUGGGUGGAUCAGGCCAAUCAGCUGGUUUACUUUGUGGGCUUGCGUGAUACGCCGCUGGAGAAGCAUCUCUAUGUAGUAAGCCUGCAGCGUCCCGAGCAUAUACGACUGCUCACCGAGCCAGGUUACUCCUAUCUGGUUGAAUUUGAUGAUCAAUGCCAACUUAUGCUGCUAGUUUAUUGCAAUAUUCAACGCAUGCCCAGCUGUAAGGUGAUGCGUGUAACGCAAACCUGCCAGAAUGGCGGAGUCAAUGGCAUACAAAUCUCAUUGGUGGGCUUUCUGCAUGAAGGUGGAAAACCAGAUCCGCAAUAUUGCCCUCAAAUAUUGUGCCCGCAACUACCAUCGGGUGAAAUUGUUUAUGCGAUGGUAUUCAAGCCGCAUAAUUUUCAACUGGGCGUUAAAUAUCCAACAGUGCUGAAUGUUUACGGUGGUCCCGAGGUCCAGACCGUUAACAAUACAUUUAAGGGCAAACACCAACUGCGUUUGCAUAUGCUGGCGGCACGUGGAUAUUGUGUCAUCUGCAUAGAUUCGCGCGGCUCUCGGCAUCGUGGUAUACGUUUUGAAAGUCAUAUCCGUCACCGAAUGGGUCAGGUGGAGCUAACCGAUCAGGUGGAUGCGCUACGCAUUGUUGCCGAUCAAUUGGGUUACAUUGACAUGGAGCGUGUGGCUAUACAUGGCUGGUCCUAUGGUGGCUAUUUGAGUCUAAUGGGUCUGGUGCAGUAUCCGGAUGUAUUUAAGGUGGCAAUAGCGGGUGCACCGGUUACGAAUUGGGAAUAUUAUGACACGGGUUAUACGGAACGCUAUAUGGAUUUGCCGCAGUGUAAUGAGGCUGGUUAUACGGCAGGCUCUGUGCUCAACUUUGUGCAUUUAUUUCCCGACGAAGAUAAUCGGCUGCUGCUCAUACAUGGAUUAAUCGAUGAGAAUGUGCACUUUUAUCACACCUCACGACUGAUUAGCGCAUUGAAUAAGGCCAACAAACCAUACGCACUGCAUGUUUUUCCUGAGGAACGGCAUUCGCUGCGUAAUCUGGAAUCUAAUAAAAACUAUGAAACGAAAUUGUUAUCGUUCUUGCAACACUUAUGAGAUUCAUAAGCCAUCAACACUGCUCAUCUUAAACUUAUUUGUUAUUGUUUUUAUAAUGUCGUAACGCAAUACAAUAUGAAAAUCCAUUAUGCAUAUACAUAACUUACAUAUAAACAAUACCGUUUUAUCAAUUCCUGCAAUAUGAUUUUAUAGAAAGUAUUUGGCUUCAACUUUUUAUCUGCCUUUUGUAGUAUGCUCAACAAACUUUCAACUCUUUUAUACAAAUACAGAUACAUAUUUCUUUUAAGCACAUACACACAUACGUCAUACUCUUAAUUAAUAUUUAGUUUCGUUACUUUGCACAAGUGUAUAUUUUUAUAAAUUAGUUUGUAAGCUUCAUGUUUGUUUUUAUAUAGACUCCAUAACCAAAAGUUUCCCCAUGCCUAACCUAUCCAAAAAAAAAUUUUAAACUUCUGCCAGAGAGCAGGCCAUCAAUUAUUGUUAGUCUCUAUUAUAAUAAUUACGAUAAAUGUAUAUCUCUUAAUAAUCGACCCACAUGCAAUAUAUUGUAUAU